GAUCUAAGUGCCCAAAAUUGAAAAAUACUUUUUUCUACACCAAAAUGAUCUAUGUGCCCAUCCCAAUACUGUGUAAAGAGAUCUAUCUCCAAACUAUCAAUAAAUUGUUGGUAAAAGCAAUUAUAGAUGGAGCUGUCUGUAUGUCCACGCUUGUCAUUCGCUCUAAUUGAUCUAAGUCCAUUCAUGCUAUUUUUAUUUUUGUCGUUGUUAUUAUUAUUUACGCACAAUGUCGAUAACAGUCAACAUUACAUCAUCAUGGUUUGCAGUUUCUAUAUCAGUCGAUAUUUUAUUGUGUACAAAUAGCUAUCAUUCUUAUUUUGCUCUGUGUUUUGUGGUUUUAUUUUGCGAUCAUGGAUGAAUCUGCUUUUAAACCAUAUGAAAAUUUAAAGAAUAAACGUAAAAGGAAAAUAGAAAGUGAAAAAAGAUUAAGUGGAAAAGAAUACGAAACCGUUAAGAUAAAAACAAAAAUAUCAGGAAAAAAAGCACCUACAAACGAAGUUAUUUGCAAGUGUAAGUUUGGUUGCAAUGAUGUAUUGCACAUUAAAAAAAAGCUCUUCGAGGACUUCUACAAUUUGGGAAUCAACGAACAAGGAAGCUACUUAAUGGGACUUAUGCAAAUCCUACCCAUCCAAAGACGUCGACAUGGAAAUUAUGAUGAUCCGGUAGAAAGUAGAAGGCAAUCAACUAUCAGUUUUACAGUGCCCAAUGGACAUGGAGACCUCAAAAGGGUAUGCAAAAAAACUUUUCUUGACAUUUUUGCUAUCAGUCCUCAAAAAGUGACAACUCUUGUUAAAAGAAAAAAAGCUGGUUUUACUACUUUUAAAGACAAACGCGGUGGGGUAAAAACGAUCAAGUAUACUUCAAAGGACAGGCAAAUGGUUAAAAACCAUAUUAAUAGCUUUCCCAGAGACGAAAGUCAUUACAGUCGGGCCAAGUCAGAAAAAGAAUACUUAAGUCCGGAUCUAAACAUGAACAGAAUAUACUUGGCUUACAAAGUUAAAAAUCCUGAGACAACGAUUUCGUAUAAAUUUUUUCGAUCUGUUUUUUUAAAAGACUUUCCUAAGCUUUCAUUUAAAAGACCAAGAGUGGAUACGUGCAAAACGUGUGAUGCUCUUGAUCUUAAACGAAAGGACAAUAACGUACUGGUAGCCUCAUCAGGUAAGACAGAACUUGAAUUACACCAUCGUAAAGUCGAUGCUGUCACCGAAGUUAUUAAAGCUGAUGCUGCGAAAAGUACAUUACCUGGAAGUCAAACGUGUACUAUUACUAUGGAUCUACAAAAAGUCUACCCACUGCCUAAACUAUCCCAUACUAGCAUGUAUUACAGUCGUCAGCUUUCAUGCUUUAACUUUGGAAUUCAUGUAACAGACACGUCCAAUGGCAUCAUGUGCGUGUGGCAUGAGGGGCAAUCAGGGCGAGGAGGGAACCAAAUUGCCUCAUGUUUAAUGCAAGCUAUUAAUUCAGAACAUCUCUCUUCCUACAAACGUCAUUUAACAGUUUGGAGUGAUAACUGUGCAGGGCAACUUAAAAAUAGGAUGCUUCUUUUCCUUUACAUAUGGUUGGUUGCCAAUGGCACAUUUGAUACGAUUGAACAUAAAUUUUUUAUAUCAGGUCAUAGCUACUCAGCUUCAGAUAGAGACUUUGCUACAAUUGAAAAACGAGCUAAACGAUCUAAGUUAUUCAAUGUGAAUGAUGUAAAAGGUGUUAUUCGCAGCUCUAGACUUGACAGACCGUUCAAGGUUAUUGACAUGGAGAAAAAAACAUUUUUUGAUUUUGACAUUGCCUCUACAAAAUUUUUAGAUACAUCAAAGCUGGGAAUAAGUAAAGUUGCUUGGUUGAAAGUGACAAAAGAUAGCCCAGGAAUCGUUUAUUUUAAGAACAAUUUUAGUUCCCUAUUGCCGUUUCAAACAUGUAACAUUUUUAAACGAGGAAUACAAAUUGAAAACCUUAUAAAUGCAGAAAUUGAAAGUCUUCCGGGUGUAGUGCCACUAAAAGAAACGAAGAAAAAAGACCUCCAAGCUAUGUUACAGUAUUUAAGUGAAGAAAAUAGGUUGUAUUUUGAAAAAAUUUUAAGUGCUUAAACUGUUGGACAUAGAUCAUUUCUG